AUGCAAUGCGUCAAAAAUGCCUUAACCACUAAAUAUGGCAGUUUUGAGACAGAAAUCGCACAACACAAACGUCGCGCAAUUGAAGUGUGUUUUGCGCAAAACAUAGCUGAAGGGAAUCAGAAAGAUAUCUGCGUGUUAGCUUUAUCUGAUUUAGAAAACAAAGCGUGGGAGCGUAACGGCCCACUGCGUGAUUGUUCCAUCUGUCGAACGUUCGCUACUGGUGCUAUCAAAGCUUUGUUGAAUACCCCAGAUGAUGAACAAAAAUGUAUACGUCAAGAAAUGUCGAAAGCCAUUAAGUCAGAAGCUGAAUACUGCUUACAGCAGAGAAAAAGUAGCUUCCUGCACUUACCUGAUUUCCCUGACCUUGAAGAAGGCUCGUAUGCAUUCAAGGAAGAAGUGAUAAAGUCCAUUUCGGAUCACAUUCUGGUUCAUAGCCGCUUGUCAUUCUGUUCUGAGCGAAGACCAGAACGUGCGAAGGCUACAAGGAAAUGCUUAGAAAAUCCGUUUGAAGGAUAUCUUGCAAACCACUGCAGUGUUAUAACAGAGUGUGAAAAUCGUUUGCCUGUAAGCUGCAAAACUGGGGUCAAGGACAUGAGAAAAUCUGUUUGUGCUUGUAUUCGAACUGCUCAAAAAGAUCUGAAACAACGACUUACAAGCAUUGCGCAAGUAAUCAGAAAUGUAGUUCAGGGAAGUGAUCGCGGAGCUGCUUCAAUCGGUAGUGCAAGCAAAUUAGAUCAAUGUGUUGCUGGAAUCAAAAGUCUAGUAAAAACGUCAGUAAACGACUGGAUUGAAGUUAUCGAUCAGACACUUCAGAAAUGUUUAAAAAAUAAACCCGCUGGACAGAAUUUAGGUCUCGACUCACUCAUCAACGUUGGAUGCCGGAAGGUAAUAGCUGACACGACGGGGACAGCACACUUACAACUGAAGACAGGCUUUGAUUUCCUCAACAAUCUUGUUGACGCUAUGGUCGAUAGAGCAGGGCGUUUUUGUCGGUGCUGA